AUGGCGAAGGAAGAGGAGGAUGAGAAGAAAGCCAAGAAAGGGAAGAAGGGGAAAAAGGCCCCGGAGCCGGAGAAGCCCAAGCGGAGCCUGAAGGGGACGUCGCGGCUGUUCAUGGGCUUCCGCGACCGCACGCCCAAGAUCUCCAAGAAGGGCCAGUUCCGCAGCGCGUCGGCCUUCUUCUGGGGCCUCCACACCGGCCCGCAGAAAACCAAACGCAAGAAGAAGGCGCGCACGGUGCUCAAGUCCACGUCGAAGCUCAUGACGCAGAUGCGCGUGGGCAAGAAGAAGCGCGCCAUGAAGGGCAAGAAGCCUUCUUUCAUGGUGAUCCGCUUCCCCGGCCGGCGCGGCUACGGCCGCCUGCGCCCGCGCGCCCGGUCGCUCAGCAAGGCGUCCACGGCCAUCAACUGGCUCACCAAGAAGUUCCUCAUCAAGAAGGCCGAGGAGUCGGGCAGCGCGCAGGCCACGCUGGACGCCUGGCUGGACCGCUCGGGCUCCCGCGUGGGCUCGCGCAAGCUGCCCUUCCCGUCGGGCGCUGAGAUCCUGCGGCCCGGAGGCCGCCUGCGCAGGUUCCCGCGCGCCCACAGCAUCUACGCGUCGGGAGAGCCCGUGGGCUUCCUGCCCUUCGAGGACGAGGCCCCGUUCCGGCACUCGGGCUCUCGCAGGUCGCUGUAUGGGCUCGAAGGCUUCCAGGACCUGGGCGAGUACUACGACUACCACCGCGAAGGCGACGACUACUACGACCGGCAGUCCCUGUACCAGUACGAGGAGGAGCAAGAGCCCUACCUGGGGGCCCACGGCCCCCACGGUCCGGCCUGGCCGCCCUACGGGGACCUCCUGCACGCGUACCCGCCCGAGGACCCCCACGACUACCACUACCCUGACUACACCUACGGCUACGGCUACGGCUACGAAGACUAUGAGCCUCCUUACGCGCCCCCGUCAGGGCUCGCGUCUCCCUACGGCUACUACGACGUGUACGCUGGCGAGGCCCACGGGCUCGGCUACUACCUGGACCCCUACGGCCCUCCCGAGGCGCUCUACCCGCCCUACCCACCUUACGACCUUGCCUACGCGGCGCCCUACGGUGUCCCUUACGGCGCCCCCUACGGCGCCUCCCAGCAUGUCCCUUACGCCGCAGGCGUCUAUGGUGGAGGAGACCAGGCCAUCUACCCCCCCGAGGGGCCCUAUCUUCCGCCGCCGCCAGAGCAGUCGGGCUUCGCAUACCCGUGGGUGCCGCCGCCCAUCCUGUCGCCCCACAACCCAUACGCCCACCCCAUGGAUGACAUCGCAGAGCUGGAGGAGCCCGAGGAGGCGGGCGGCGAGCGUCAGGGCACCUCCUUUCGCCUGCCCAGCGCCGCCUUCUUCGAGCAGCAGGGCAUGGACAAGCCCGCCAGGUCCAAGCUGUCGCUCAUCCGCAGGUUCCGUCUCUUCCCGCGGCCCCAAGUGAAGCUGUUCGGGAAGGAGAAGUUGGAGGUGCCCCUGCCGCCCUCCCUGGACAUCCCUCUGCCCUUGGCCGAUGCCGACGAAGACGAGGAAGAGGAGGACGUGCCGCCGCUGCCCCCGGUGCCCUAUGGCCGCCCCUUCUGGGGCUUCCUCACGCCGCGCCAGCGCCGCCUCCAGCGGGCCCUUUCGGCCUUCGGCGCCCCCCGGGGCAUGGGCUUCGGCCCGGACUUUGGCCGCCCCGCGCCGCGCCCGGCCACCUCGCUGGCACGGUUCCUCAAAAAGACGCUCUCCGAGAAGGAGCCCAUCCCUCGGCUCCGGGGAAGCCAGACGGCCCGGCCAGGAGGCCCGCCGGUCAGGGAAGCGGCCUACAAGCGCUUCGGCUACAAGCUGGCGGGCAUGGACCCGGACCGUCCUGGCACGCCCAUCGUGCUGCGCAGGGCGCAGGCGCGCGCGCGCAACAACAACAACUCCCACCGGCCGCCCGUCGCGCCCCGCGCCCCCGGGCCACCGCCCGCCCCGGCCCGCGCCCCCCGCCCCAGCCCGCGCCUGCCUCCGCCCGCCUCGCCCUACGGCUCGCUCCGCCGGCACCCGCCGCCCUGGGCCGCCCCGGCUCACGUGCCCCUCGCGCCCCAGGCCCGCUGGUGGGCCUCGGCGGAGCCCCCGCCCGUGAGCGCCGAGGGGCCCCCUGACCUGCUGGCCUUCCCCGGACCCUGGGGCUCGAGUCGGCGGCGGGCGGCCCUCGGCUACGCGGGGCCGUCGCCCUGGCCCUCGCUGAGGAGCCCGCCUGGCCUGGGCUACCGCUCGCCCCGGGGGCCCCUGUCCCCUCAGCCCUCCCUCCGCACCAGCCCCUUCCAGCCGCCCUUGUCGCCGCCGCCCCGCCGUCGCCGCUCGGGGCAGGAGCCCCCGUCUUCGCUCCGAGCCUCCCGGCGCCCCAGGCCGCCCCGCUCUCCCGCGCUGGGCUCCCCGCGGCCGUCCUCGUCGCCCCCUCUGCUGGGCCACAGCCCGAGGCGCCGCUCGCUCAACCUCCCCUGGCGCCUCCCGCGCACGUGGCGCCGUCUCAGCGAGCCCCCCAGCAGGGCCGUGAAGCCCCAGCCUCCGCCGUCCUUCCCCCUGCCCGCGGGCUCUGCGUCCUGGUGCGUGGCCGCCCCUGCCCCGGAGCCCCCGGAGAGCCGGCGUGAGCCCGAGGACUCAGAGACACCCUGGAUAGUGCCCCCGCUGGCCCCCAGCUGGGACGUGGACAUGACUCCCACCCAGCGGCCACCCUCGCCCUGGCCGGGAGGCCCCAGCAGCCUCCGCGGCUUCUCCAGGCCCCCCUCAGUUGCGCCAAACCCCUUCCUCCAGCAUGUGGGCCCAGUGCCUUCCCCUGCCCCCCAGCCCAAGGACCCGGCCUGUGGCUCUCCUGGUGUCUUCCUGGGUAGACACCAUGACCCAGGGCCUGGACAGCUGACCACAUCGGCCAGCCCGAGCCCCAAGGAGCCGGAAGAAGUCUGCAUGGGGGACCCCCAGCGACCAGCAGAGCCUGAGCCCCCGACUCGGCCAUCCCCCAAGGAUUGCCCCUCAGAGCGGAAAGCACUGAAGCUCAGCCGCUCCCACCCACUGGCUGUGUCUGACCAGAGGCGAGCCACAUGGCCACUGUGGCGCCGCUGGGGGACGCUGCCCGGUACCCCAGCCCCCUUGGCGUCCACUGGGGCCCUAGGGCCCCUGCCCAAGGCAGGCGAACGGCGCCUAGCAACCCCCGGGCGUUUUGCUGUGGUUCUGCCUCGCGUGCAAAAGCUGACCUCUCUCCAGAAAGCUUGUCCUGCCCCCCUGCAGCCCCCCAACCAGCUGACCCGGGAGCCAGAGCCUGGCCCCAAGCCGAGAGCCUGGAGUCAGCUCUGGUCCUGCCUCUGGCUGCCGGCGGAGGCCUACCACCCCAGGCCCCGAGUGCUGGCCCAGCCCUCAUCCUGCCGCCUGGGCCCCGGAGCUGCCAGCCCGCCCCCCGGGGGCCCCUGGGAAGAGGUUGGCCACGAAGGCUGCUGGAACAAGAUGCACUCCAUCCGCAACCUGCCGCCCACGCGGUUCCGCGAGCAGCACCGGGAGGACGGCGUGGAGGACAUGACGCAGCUGGAAGACCUCCAGGAGUCCUCCGUGCUGUCCAACCUCAAGACCAGAUUUGAGCGGAACCUUAUCUACACCUACAUCGGUAGCAUCCUGGUGUCGGUGAACCCGUACCGGAUGUUCGGAAUCUACGGGCCGGAGCAGGUGCAGCAGUACAGCGGGAGAGCCCUGGUGGAGAAUCCUCCGCACCUGUUUGCCAUUGCGAAUCUCGCCUACGCCAAAAUGCUCGAUGCCAAACAGAACCAGUGCAUUAUCAUCAGCGGGGAGAGCGGUUCCGGGAAAACCGAGGCCACGAAGCUGGUCCUUCGCUACCUGGCCGCCAGGAACCAGAAGCGGGGCAGUACACGGCAGGUGAGUAUCCUGGAGGCCACACCUCUCCUGGAGUCGUUCGGCAAUGCCAAAACCGUUAGGAACGACAACUCCAGCCGCUUUGGGAAGUUUGUGGAGAUCUUUCUGGAAGGGGGCGCGAUCUCUGGUGCCAUAACCUCCCAGUACCUGCUGGAGAAAUCCAGGAUCGUGUUUCAGGCCAAAAACGAGAGGAACUAUCACAUCUUCUACGAGCUGCUGGCGGGGCUGCCCGCCCAGCUUCGGCAGGCCUUCAGCCUGCAGGAGGCCGAGACCUACUACUACCUGAACCAGGGUGGGAACUGUGAGAUCCCGGGCAAGAGCGACGCGGACGACUUCCGCCGGCUGCGGGCUGCCAUGGAGGUGCUGGGCUUCGGCGCCGAGGACCAGGACAGCAUCUUCCGCAUCCUGGCCUCCAUCCUGCACCUGGGCAACGUCUACUUUGAGAAGUACGAGACAGAUGCGCAGGAGGUGGCCUCGGUGGUGAGUGCGCGGGAGAUCCAGGCUGUGGCCGAGCUGCUUCAGGUCUCCCCCGAGGGCCUGCAAAAAGCCAUCACCUUCAAAGUGACCGAGACGAUGCGGGAGAAGAUCUUCACCCCCCUGACCGUGGAGAGCGCCGUGGACGCAAGGGAUGCCAUCGCCAAGGUCCUGUAUGCGCUACUGUUCGGCUGGCUCAUCGCCAGGGUCAACGCGCUGGUGUCCCCACAGCAGGACGCGCCAUCCAUCGCUGUCCUGGACAUCUACGGCUUCGAGGACCUGAGCUUCAACAGCUUCGAGCAGCUGUGCAUCAACUAUGCAAACGAGACCCUGCAGUAUCUCUUCAACAAGAUUGUCCUACAGGAGGAGCAGGAGGAGUACAUCCGCGAACAGAUCGACUGGCGGGAGAUGGCCUUCGCCGACAACCAGCCCUGCAUCAACCUCAUCUCGCUGAAGCCCUACGGCGUCCUGCGUAUCCUUGACGACCAGUGCUGCUUCCCCCAGGCCACAGACCACACGUUUCUGCAGAAGUGUCAUUACCACCACGGCGCCAACCCGCUCUACUCCAAACCCAAGAUGCCACUGCCCGAGUUCACCAUCAAGCACUACGCGGGCAAAGUCACCUACCAGGUGCACAAAUUCCUGGACAAGAACCACGACCAGGUGCGCCAGGAUGUGCUGGACCUGUUCGUACGCAGCCGGACUCGGGUGGUGGCACACCUCUUCUCCAGCCACGCCCUGCAGGCCACCCCUCAGCGCCUGGGCAAGAGCAGUUCUGUCACCCGGCUCUACAAGGCACACACCGUGGCCGCCAAGUUCCAGCAGUCGCUCCUGGAUCUGGUGGAGAAGAUGGAGAGGUGCAACCCCUUGUUUGUGAGGUGCCUGAAGCCCAACCACAAGAAGGAGCCGGGCCUCUUCGAGCCAGACGUGGUGAUGGCACAGCUACGCUAUUCGGGGGUGCUGGACACCGUGCGGAUCCGCAAGGAGGGCUUUCCGGUGCGGCUGCCCUUCCAGGCGUUCAUCGACAGGUACCGCUGUCUGGUGGCUCUCCAGCACAACCUGCCGGCCAGCGGGGACACGUGUGUGUCGGUGCUGAACCGUCUGUGCACAGUCGUGCCAAGUAUGUACCGCGUCGGCGUCAGCAAGCUCUUCCUUAAGGAACAUCUCCACCAGCUGCUGGAGAGCAUGCGGGGGUACGUCCUGGACCUGGCGGCCCUCACGCUGCAGCGCUGCCUCCGCGGCUUCUUCGUGCAGCGGCGUUUCCGCUCCCUGCGCCGCAAGAUCAUCCUGCUGCAGAGUCGGGCCCGCGGCUACCUGGCCAGGCAGCGGUAUCAGCAGAUGAGGCGGCGUCUGGUGAAGUUCCGGGCCCUGGUGCACGCGUACUCAAGCCACCGGCGUCACCUGAAGCUGAGAGCUGAGCGGAGGCUCCGGGUGGAGGAGGCGCGGCUACGGGAGCAGGAGGAGCUGAGCAAGCGGCAGGUGGUGGCCGUGGGGCACCUGGAGGUCCCUGCAGAGCUGGCCGGGCUCCUGCGAGCAGUAGCAGGCCUCAGGACGGCCCAGGUGCCCCGGGUGGCCCCCGUGCGGACUCCCCGGCUUCAGGCUGAGCCCCGGGUCACGCUGCCCUUGGAUAUCAACAGCUACCCCAUGGCCAAGUUCGUCCGGUGCCACUUCAAGGAACCUGCCUUUGGGAUGCUCGCAGUGCCCCUGAGGACGCCUCUCACACGGCUGCCCGCGGAGUACCACGCAGAGGCCGUGGGCAUCUUCAAGCUGAUCCUGCGCUUCAUGGGCGACCCGCAGCUGCACGGGGCCCGGGACCAUACCUUCGGCAGCUACAUUGUUCAGAAAGGGCUGGCAACACCCGAGCUGCGGGACGAGAUCCUGGCACAGCUGGCCAACCAGGUGUGGCGCAACCCCAGCGUCCACAAUGCCGAGCGGGGCUGGCUCCUGCUGGCCGCCUGUCUCGGCAGCUUCGCCCCUUCCUCGCGCCUCAGCAAGUACCUGCUCAAGUUCGUGUCUGACCACGGGCAGAACGGUUUCCAGGCCGUGUGUCAACAUCGCCUCAUGCAGGCCAUGGGCCAGGCCCGACAGCAGGGCUCCGCGGCCGCCCGCACCUUCCCUCCGACCCAGCUGGAGUGGACAGCAGCCCGGGAGCGGGCCGGGAUGGCGCUGGAUGUGGGCUGCUUCAACGGUGACCAGUUUUCCUGCCCGGUGCACCCUUGGAGCACGGGGGAGGAGGUGGCUGCGGACAUUCUGAGGCACAGGGGGCUGGCCGACGGCUGGCGGGGCUGGACGGUGGCCCUGAAGAACGGGGUCCAGUGGGCAGAGCUGGCCGGCCACGACUACGUGCUGGACCUGGUGUCGGACCUCGAGCUGCUCCGGGACUUCCCGCGACAGAAGGCCUACUUCAUCGUGGGCACAGAGGGGCCGGUGGCCGGCAGGGCAGGCCCCAGAGCGGUAUUUGGGAACAGCUGGGACUCAGACGAGGACACACCUGCUCGGCCCCAGCCCCAAGGUCACGUGCCUGUCGUGCCUGACUCUGACGGCUACUGCAGCCACGAUGAGGACGGUACAGAUGGGGAGGCAGAGGCCCAGAGAGGGACAGCGACGCGCCAAGACUUGGGCAGCCUUGGAGAGCUGGCUGGGCCCCGCCAGGGACUGGACUGCUACCUGGACAGCCUCUUUGACCCCGUGCUGUCCUGCGGAGACGCGGACCUGGAGAAGCCAACAGCCAUUGCCUGCCGCAUGAAAGGGGGAGGCCAGCCGGGCAGAGGUGGCGGAAACAGCACCGGAGGCGCCCCGGGGAGACGUCCAGAGCCAGAGCCAAAGCCAAUUCCAGGCCUGGAUGCCUCCACGUUGGCUCUGCAGCAAGCCUUCAUCCACAAGCAGGCGAUGCUGCUGGCCCGCGAGAUGACCCUGCAGGCCAUGGCGCUCCAGCAGCAGCCCCUGAGUCCCGCCCCCAGGCCCCUGCCCCCAGAGAAACCCCUAGCGCCAGAGGCUCUGCCGAAGUUCGUAGGCACCGGACCCCCGGCCAAGCCCGUGCUCCUGCGCUGCGCUCCAAAGCCCUUGGCCCCUGCCCCUCCGGCCAAGGCCCUGAGGCCCCCCACCAAGCCCGUGGCUGCCCCCAUUCUAGCGCAGGGCUGGGCUUCUCCAGAAACCACCUCGCGCUGCCCAGAGCCGGCCCGGUCCUCCACGCUCAACUCGGAGCGCUUCCCGCAGCCCACGCAGCAGAUCAAAGACAUUGUCAGGCAGUACCAGCAGCCGCCCCGGGGAGCCCGGCCCGAGGCCCUCAGGAAGGACGGCGGGAGAGUGUUCGUGAAGCGGCCCGACCCCCACGAGGAGGCCCUGAUGAUCCUGCAGGGCCAGAUGAGCCACCCGGCAGCAGCACCUGGCACGCAGGUCCCCAGAGAGGCCGUGGCCCUGGUGAAGCCAGUGACCAGCACGGUGAGGCCGUCCACAGGGCCCAUGCCAGCGCUGCCCUCACGGUCGCUGGAGCCGGAGCUGGCCAAGGACCCCGUGCAGACCCAGCUGCACCGCCUGCUUAACCCCGACUUCUACGGCUACCAGGACGCCCCCUGGCGGAUCUUCCUGCGGAAGGAGGUGUUCUACCCCAAGGACAGCUACAGCCACCCUGUGCAGCUGGACCUCCUGUUCCGCCAGAUCCUGCAUGACACGCUCUCCGAGGCCUGCCCGCGCAUCUCCGAGGAGGAGAGGCUCCAGAUGAAAGCCCUCUUUGCCCAGAACCAGCUGGACACACAGCGGCCCCUGGUGACGGAGAGCGUGAAGCGGGCCGCGGUCAGCACCGCACGCGACAGCUGGGAGGUCUACUUCUCCCGCCUCUUCCCGGCCACGGGCAGCGUGGGCACCGGGGUGCAGAUCCUGGCUGUGUCCCACACGGGUAUCAAGCUUCUCCGGAUGGCCAAGGGCAGCCGCGAGGCCGGCGGGCAGCUGCGGGUCCUUCGCUCGUACAGCUUGGCGGACAUCCUGUUUGUGGCCAUUCCCUCCCAGAACAUGCUGGAGUUCAACCUGGCCAGCGAGAAGCUCAUCCUCUUCUCCGCCCGAGCUCACCAGGUCAAGACGCUGGUGGACGACUUCAUCCUGGAGCUGAAGAAGGACUCAGACUUCGUGGUGGCCGUGAGGAACUUCCUGCCCGAGGACCCGGCGCUGCUGUCUUUCCACAAGGGUGACAUCAUCCACCUGCAGCCCCUGGAGCCCCCGCGAGCGGGCUACAGCGCCGGCUGCGUGGUGGGCAAGAAGGUCGUGUACCUGGAGGAGCUGCGGCGCCGAGGCCCCGACUUCGGUUGGAGGUUCGGGACCAUCCACGGGCGCGUGGGCCGCUUCCCUUCGGAGCUGGUGCAGCCCGCAGCCGCCCCCGACUUCCUGCAGCUGCCCACUGAGCCGGGCCGGUGCCGUGCCGCUGCGGUGGCUGCCGCUGUGGCCUCAACCGCUGCUGCACGGGAGGUGGGCCGCCGGAGGGAGGGCCCCCCAGUCAGGGCUGGCUCCGCUGACCGUGGGGAGGACGGCCUGGCUCUCCCACCGUGCGCAAUGCUCGAGUUUGCCCAGAAGUAUUUCCGAGAGCCUCAGAGGAGACCCCAGGACGGCCUCAGGCUCAAGUCCAAGGAGGGCCGCGAGUCGGGAACCCUGGAGGACAUGCUUUGCUUCACCAAGACCCCCCUCCAGGACUCCCUCAUUGAGCUCAGCGACAGCAGCCUGAACAAGAUGGCCACGGACAUGUUUCUAGCUGUGAUGCGGUUCAUGGGCGAUGCCCCGCUGAAGGGCCAGAGCGAGCUGGACGUGCUCUGCACCCUCCUGAAGCUGUGCAGGGACCAUGAGGUCAUGCGGGACGAGUGUUACUGCCAAGUCGUGAAGCAGAUCACAGACAACAGCAGCACCAAGCAGGACAGCUGCCAGCGAGGCUGGAGGCUGCUGUACAUCGUGGCUGCCUACCACAGCUGCUCCGAGGUCCUCCAGCCGCACCUCGUUCGCUUCCUCCAAGAUGUGGGCCGGACCCCGGGCCUGCCCUUCCAGGGGAUUGCCAAGGCCUGUGAGCAGAACCUGCAGAAAACGCUGCGCUUCGGCGGCCGGCUGGAGCUCCCCAGCAGCAUGGAGCUCCGGGCCUUGCUGGCGGGCCGCAGUUCCAAGAGGCAGCUCUUUCUUCUCCCUGGAGGCCUCGAACGCCAUCUCAAAAUCAAAACGUGCACCGUGGCCCUGGACGUGGUGGAGGAAAUCUGUGCCGAGAUGGCCCUGGCGCGCCCCGAGGCCGUCAGUGAGUACGUCGUCUUCGCCGUCACCCACCGAGGCCAGCACGUGUGCCCGCUCAGCCGCCGCGCCUACAUCCUGGACGUGGCCUCGGAGAUGGAGCAGGUGGAAGGCGGCUACAUGCUGUGGUUCCGGCGCCUGCUUUGGGAUCAGCCGCUCAAGUUUGAGAACGAGCUCUAUGUGACCUUGCACUACAACCAGGUGCUGCCCGACUACCUGAAAGGCCUCUUCAGCAGCGCGCCGCCCGGCCGGCCCAGCGAGCAGCAGCUCCAGCAGGUGUCCAAGCUGGCGGCACUGCAGCACCGGGCCAAGGACCACUUCUACCUGCCCAGCGUGCGGGAGGUUCAGGAGUACAUCCCGGCCCAGCUCUACCGCGCGGUGGCCGGCGACUCGUGGCUCGACCUGGUCAGCCAGCACCGGCCGCAGACGCAGGCGCUCAGCCCCCACCAGGCGCGCGCCCAGUUCCUGGGCCUCCUCAGCGCCUCGCCCUUGUUCGGCUCCUCCUUCUUCUUCGUCCAGAGCUGCAGCAACGUGGCGGUGCCGGCCCCCUGCAUCCUGGCCGUCAACCAGAACGGCCUCAGCUUCCUCAGCAUGGAGACCCACGAGCUGAUGGUACAGUUUCCCCUGAAGGAGAUCCAGUCCACGCGGACCCAGCGGCCCACGGCCAGCUCCAGCUGCCCGUACGUGGAGAUCGCGCUGGGGGAUGUGGCGGCCCAGCGCACCGUGCAGCUGCAGCUGGAGCAGGGCCUGGAGCUGUGUCGUGUGGUGGCCGUGCACGUGGAGAACUUGCUCAGCGCCCGGGAGAAGCGGCUCACGCUGCCCCCCAGCGAGAUCACGCUGCUCUGACCCAGCCCCGCUGCCAGGAGGCUUGCUGUGUGGCCUCAGGGGAGUGACUGGGCCAGCAGCUGAGGGGAAAUCGAGAGGCAGCCGGCGCAGCGGGCCGGGCUAGGAACCUGGGAAGACCCGUCCAGAGCGGGGAUGGCAUCACGGCGUGCAGACUUGGGCAGAGAGCAGGGGGGCCUCGUGGAGACUGACCAGGGGCCUCCUGCCACCCACCAUGGUGGCCCUGCCCUGCCUCCCUGCUGCGGCAGGGAAGGCCCACACCACCAGCCUAGCCUGGCUCUGAUGUUCAGGUCUGCUCCAUCCCCAGGUCCCAGCUCCUCACCUGUGCUCCCCCGGGUGCCCCCUGGCACUGCCGCUGAGCUUGCAUCCAUGGCUCUUGGUCAUUACUGUACAAAUAAAAGGUACGCCUGGCAGCAUA